ACGGGGGAGUUACAGCGGUGGCAGGAAUGAGAACCAUGAUGUCUUCUCCAAAAACACCCCCUGCCUCCAAAAGAUCAACCACCAACCGUGGCUCACCCAAAUGUGCAAGCUCCCCAUCUCCUCAGCGGAAUGAUUCUACUCCUCUUCCAUCAAUCAACGAGCGUCUGGCCUACCUCCGUCCCUCCCGGGAACUGCUAGAGUACUACCGAAAAAAGAUUGCAGAAUUUGAUGAAGAGCAUGAGGAGCUGGUCAAAAGGCUGGAGAAAUACAAAGCAACGUAUGAUGAGCAGCACAAAUUGCAGUGGGAAAUGCGUCAGCGGGAAGAAGAAAUUGCAGAGCUGCAGAAGGCUUUGAGUGACAUGCAGGUUUACCUCUUCCAGGAGAGAGAGCACGUGCUGCGCCUUUAUGCUGAGAAUGAUCGGCUGAAAAUCAGGGAGUUGGAAGACAGAAAGAAGAUCCAGCACCUUUUGGCUUUAGUGGGAACAGACAGUGGCGAAAUUACCUAUUUUCACAAGGAACCACCUCACAAGGUCACUAUACCUCAAAGGCUAACCAAGAGCAGAGAUUCACAUACUCGAAGUGAUAAGCACACUUUAAAAACAGGUAUUAAAAACUCUGCCUCAAAACCAAAGGGAGAGAAACCAGAAAGUGGAGAUAGAUACCAAAGAGAUGAUCAAACAUUCUUAUUACAGGUGGAAGCUCUUCAGGCUCAACUCGAAGAACAGACCAAGCUAUCCAAGGAACAGAUUGAAGCACUGCUUGAGGACAGACGAAUCCGCAUAGAAGAAGCCCAGGUCCAACAUCAGAGGGAUCAGGACAAGAUCAAAGACCUUACCGAAAAAUACCACAAAGCUCAAAACCUGCUGUACGAGAGCACCAGAGAUUUUCUCCAGGUGAAGUUUGAUGCUCGGGCAAAUGAGAAAUCCUGGAUGGCAGAGAAGGACGUUCUGCUGAGGAAGCUGGACAAAAGCAAACCUGUGCCCAAACACAGCAGGGUUUGGCGGGGCCAGGAGGACCACGACAAAAGUCGGGACAGUGGUCAGAGCUGGCGGGACAGUAGCCCAGAACAACGAGAGAGUAGCCCAGACCAGUGGGAUAGCAGCCCCUGUCAGCAUAGUUUUGACAGGGGAGCACCUUCUGGCAGGAAGGUAGAUGGUUUCAAGAAGAGGAGAGAUGCCAAACCGAUUUCUCGAGCAGAGCAUGAAUUUCAUAAAGCACGUCGUGCAGAGAUUAAGGGAUUACAGGAGCAACUGAUACAGGAGCAGCGGUUAGCAGACAUGUAUCGAGAGCAGUGUGUUUCCCUGGAAGAGCAGCUGGCUAAGAUUCGGGAGGAAGGAGACGUAGGGCGAGAGAUCUUCAAGGAACGCUCAGAAAAGAUGGGGAAGCGCCUGCAGCUGAUGACCCAGCGCUAUGAGGCACUUGAAAAACGACGUGUCAUGGAGGUGGAAGGCUUUAAGACUGACAUUAAACAACUUCGGCAAAGGCUGAAAGACGUGGAGAGGCAACUUUUCAAGGUGACAAUGUCUGUGGGUCCAGACCAAGACCUUGCAAUUCUGCAUGAAGUUCGCCAGGGGAAUAAGAGAACUAAAAAGAUUCAAGGGGAACUGAAAAAUUUGAAGUCAAAGAUCUAUGGCCUGGAAAAUGAGCUACGCAUUUGCUGUUAAGGAUAUGCCAAGUCAACACCAGUGAUAUAGAUGGAGGCCAUAGUUGUGACAGCUUUCUCAGAUGUUUAUUUUGUGACAGAACAUUUAGCUUGCUGUAAAUCUAAGACUUAUACAGGAUUGAAGGACCCCAUUAAAGUGAAUGUGAGAUUUGGAAAGAAACUCCAUUUACCCUUUUUUUCCCUUUCUUUGUUACACUUGUCCAGAUUUGGCUUCCCCUUCUUGUGAUGCCAGCUGAUGCACACACUGGGCUAGACUCAUUUGGUGACAUUGUAUGUUCUCAGAGAACUUACUUGCAGCCUCCAGGAACUCUUUCCAUCUACUCUAAGAACGAUUCGCUAGUGGAUUGGGUAGCAUUUGUGUCACUGGUUUAUAAUGGAGAGGGAAGUAGCCUCCAUAUGUCCCUCAGGAAUUACUCUGUAAAGAAAGGUUGAUGACCAUCUGUAUGAAAAGAAAAAGCUCUUAUAGUAUGCCAUGUGCUAAUUUGUGCUCUUAGGACAAAGUCCUAAGGACUGCACCCUUGCUCCUCCAAAGUCCACCAACUCAGAGGCUUCCAAGAUUCCUGUGCCCUGCAAGGUGGAAGGAAUGGCAAUCUUUGCCUCAUCAUCCACCAAUCUCCUAUAUUUUUGCCAGACAAGCUUUUCAGCCUAUUUAGUGAGGGCAUUUUGGAGGGGGAGGGAAG